UAUAAUGUGUGGUCUGAAGUAGACAGUUUUUCUUUUCAGACUGUGGAAGCUGAUAGAAUGUGUCUUGUCUACGUUCAUUAUGUGGGCGCAGCCAUUGUUGUGUGACGUCACACGCUAGGAAUUUGGGGUACAAUAUCAAUUCGCAUCAUAUUCAGGAGUAUAAACGCCACAUUCUAGUAAAAUUCAACUUCUUUCCCACUAUUAAGUCUGAAAUGCGCGAUUCAAUAUAAGGCAACGAUCAAAACGCCCACAGAAACGUCAUUUAGAUACUGAGUAGCAUGAGGAACCGGAAGUAGUGUAUCCGGGUUGUCUUCGCGCCUUCAGUGUAACUGUGUUGUACUUUCUGGUUUGAGUCAUUUAGCUAAUCACUAGUAGUGUGUUACUUCCGAAAGGGAAAAGUAGCUUGAUCCUGUCUUAUUCUACGCAUAAUUCUGGACACAAACGUAACCGUGUGGGGACAGCAAAGCUUCCAGGACACCUCGUUCAAAUAGACCCCAAUCUACGUCAGUUAGUCAUUGGGAGAGUGGGUGGAGUUAAAACGGGUGCAGUUGGGCAUACUUCCGUCACAUGUCUCCACAAAUGUAUAUUCUACACGGCAUGACAUCAUCUACAUGACAUAUGGACAGUGUUCGUGACGGACAGGCUGCCUUCAAGUGAAGCCGCUGGAGGACGACAACGACAGCCAGCCAGCCCGCAAGGAGGAGGAGUCGGAGUCGGGGGCUACUCUCCACAGGAGGCCGGACGCAGGCGACGUCAGGCGGCCAAGCGAGCAGCUGCAGGCGCGGGGCAGCAGUCCAUUGUGCGCGCAUCCUCCAGCCGCUCUCUGUCGCUCUGCAACCGGGUAAAAACGCUGACAAUUUGUUGGAGACUGCAGGUGCACGAUGGAAGCAUCCCAUGACCAGCAAGUGCCUCGCUGUCACUGCAAAAAGACUCCAGAAAAGAGGAGGUGCAGCCAUAGGCCAUCAAACGAUAGAAAGAGAAAGUUGAUUAAGUCCAACAUGGCUGUGGACACGGAAGAGCUUUUCCAGGACCUGCUUCGCCUGCAGGAGACGUGGCUGGCAGAAGGCUCACUGUGCUCUAACAGAGACGGGAUGCUUCAGGAUUUAAGUGCCAGUGUCCUCCUACCUCCAUGUCUGCAGCACCCAACUUUUGCUCAGGUUCCUGACAAUGACGAGCAGUUUGUCCCCGACUUCCAGACUGAAAACUUGGCGUUCCACGGACUGCAGUUGAAAAUCAAGAGAGAGCUGCACAGCCCGUGUUCCGAGCUGGGCUCCACCUGCAGUCAAGAGCGGCCCUUCAAGCUCCAGUAUGGAGAGAAGUGCCUGUACAACGUCAGUGCCUAUGAGCAGAAGCAGCACGCAGGAAUGAAGCCCUCCAGCCCAGUGACACCCCCCUGCAGCACCCCAGUGUCCCCCUUACAUCAUGCCUCACCCACAGCUGCCCCGACACCCAAACCUGACCGGACCUACGCCCACGUGCCGGUUUCACAGACGCUCCCUGAUGGCGCCUACGCCAUGGACCACAGAUUUCGGCGCCAACUUUCAGAGCCAUGCCACUCGUUCCCCUCCCCCCCAACGAUGGCUCGCGACGGACGCCCCAUCUACCACCGGCAGAUGUCAGAGCCCAGCAUUCCCUUCCCUCCGCAAGGCUUCAAGCAGGAGUACGCCGACCCCCUGUUUGAGCACCCAGCCAUAAUGGGGGCGCCGCUGCCCCACUUGUACCCCGCCACCAUGAUGAUCAAGCAGGAGCCCAGGGACUUCAAUUACGACUCAGCGGAGGUGCCCAGCUGCCACUCAGUCUACCUUCGCCAAGAUGGCUACCUGGCCCACGCCAACCGGAGUGAAGGUUGCAUGUUCGACAAAGUGGCCAGGCACUUUUACGACGACACCUGCGUGGUGCCGGAAAAGAUGGAAGGCGACAUCAAGCAGGAGGCGGGCCUGUACCGCGAGGGCCCGUCCUACCAGCGCAGAGGCUCACUGCAGCUGUGGCAGUUCUUGGUGGCGCUGUUGGACGACCCGUCUAACUCGCACUUCAUCGCCUGGACGGGCCGUGGCAUGGAGUUCAAGCUCAUCGAACCGGAAGAGGUGGCACGUAGAUGGGGGAUUCAGAAGAACAGACCGGCCAUGAACUACGACAAGCUGAGCCGAUCGCUACGCUACUACUACGAGAAGGGAAUCAUGCAAAAGGUGGCCGGCGAGAGAUACGUGUACAAGUUUGUGUGCGACCCUGAGGCCUUGUUCUCCAUGGCGUUCCCGGACAAUCAGCGUCCUGUGCUGAAGACCGACAUGGAGCGUCAGAUCAACGAGGAGGACACGGUGCCCCUGUCGCACUUUGACGAAAACAUGGCCUACGUGCAGGAGGGGCCCUACUGCCAGCCCCACCCCUACAGCGAGGGCUACGUUUACUAGCCCCGACCCCUCCUACCCGAUGACCUCCUUCACAGGAAGUGAUCGUGUUGUCCCACGUGGAGUGGACAAAGACUGAACACAUACAUCCUCCCUUAUUAUUGUUAUUACUAUGAUGAUGAGUACUUUUAUUAUUUUGUUGCUUCCGUCUCUCGGAUGUGCACUUUAUGGACCCGGCGGCUCAUUAGCGUUGUUUAUGUUUGUACAACUCCAGCAUGCGGCACAACACUGAGACAGGACUCCCAAUGGGCCAACUCAUGAGAGCAAACUUGACACAUUUUUGGGAAUUUCAUCGGAAUUUUCCUCCUGGACGCAACCCACGACAGAACGGUCACUUCCUCCUUGUGUGUUCAAGAGAAUACUUUAUGACUUUAUCGUCACGGUGGAACGUGCAAGCACGAAAAAAAUCAAGACAUUUGGCUCCUCCCGUCAGUGAUCUCCGGCCCCGCCUCCGUCUCCUCCGUGUACCCGUGGCUGAGGAUGAUCACGUGAUGACACCUGUACCGCAUCACGUGUGCACCUUGUGUGUUUACCGUCGUCAUCGGCUCCUUCAUUAGGUACCGCCCCCACAUCAGUGUUGCGACCACCCCCUCAUGUAACUAAAUCAGCUCACCAAAAUAUUAAGAACACUUCUCAGUAUGAGGAAAUGCAGUUCCACACCCACAGCAAUAAUCAAUCAAAUAUGAUCAGUUAUUAUCUUUGCAAAGGCAGAAUUUCAUUGGGGACACCAAAUGUUGGGGCCGGCUAGCAUCACCUGCUAGUAGACGUGAUCUUUGUUUUCCGGAAUGCAUCCAAAUUCACUCACCCUUGAGGUGAAAAUGUAUGUAAAGGAUGGCAUUUGUGUCCUGCGGUUCAAUAAAUUAAAAAAGUGUUUUUUGGUGGCGAAGUACGAAAGCCUCGGGAGGUCAGUCUUAUAUUUUGUCAACUUGUUUUUCUAGUGGGAACAAGUUCUUCUUCCUUAUUUUCUUUCAGGACUGCAAGUCCGUAUUUUCCAGGCUACCUCGAGUCCUAGUCCCUCAAGAGUAUACGUCGCAUCAGUCAAAAAAUGCGCCAUAUUUAAGUCGCACUGGACUGUAAGUCACAUUUAUUUUAAAAUGUAUUUCACAACAUCCAAGACCUAGAGCAGACAUUUUGUCUGGAAAGGCAAGUUAUUCAUCUACACAAUAGCGCACACACGACAACAGGCUAUCGAGGUCAAAUUUCCUGCUGGCUUCAAAAUAGACAAGAGACAAGACAAGUUCUUUGAGAAUAUUGAGAGGUACAAAUUAGUCAAACGUGCGUGCAAGGAGACAAAUGAAGACAACCUGAAAGCCUCAAGAAAGGAACGUCUUAACUUCUACAGAAUGUGACGGUGUGCAUAUGCAAGGGGACAUCUGUCACAUGUUUACACGUCCAAGGCUGUGUGGAUCAGGAGACAACCUUUUACGGAGGAUGUCUUGACCAGGAGGACUGUGCUGGAACACGCCAUCACAUGCUGGGCAUGGGCCGCUAUGAGAAUCUGAUGGUAUGGUAACCUUGGGCAAAAAUAUCACAGUAUUGCAGCUCUACAAUGUGUUAUUUUGAAAUAUCUUUGAAAAGAGAAAACAAAGUCAAGACAAAACAAUCAUUAUUAAAUAAUAUUACAAAACACGAUGAAAGUGGAACAUAGGUAUUUCAAAUCAAUUAGAACACAACAAUUCUUUCCAAAUAAUAAAUAAAAUGCAGUCGACUGUGGCUAAUCCUGCAACUCCCCAACACAACAGGUGGUUAUUUUUUUUUUGUAAAAAAAACAACAACAACAAAGCAAAAUGCAAAUAAAUACAAUCAAGAAAACCAAGAAGGUCACAACAUAAAUAUCAUGUGGUCAUGUGAUUGUUGUUAGCAACUCAGACGUUAAAUGGUUGUUGCAUGUUGUUUAGUGGAGAGUAAACGCUUUGUACCACUUAUCCUCCGCCCCUGUUUCCUCCACAAUCGCAUCUCCACAUUUGGUGACGCUCCAUGUGAGUAAUAUGUUGACCGUACCGGUGCCGCUCAUUUCCACAUCUCAUAUUGUAGAAACGGUAUGACGCACAGUUUCAGUAGUUUUGAAACCCUGAUUACCUUGAAACCGAGGACAGGCCCAUGCCCACUGGCAUCUAAGGAAGGCUAAGGACAUCAUAUGACUAAAUACAAAGUAGGCUCCUAGCCAAGGACGUCAUAAAAUACAAGACAAGGAAGGUUACUGACCAAGGACCUUAUAUGGUCAUCAUAUGAUAUCAUGGGGCAACACACACCGAAAGAUCAUGAGGAAAAUAAUUAUGUCAGAAAUAGUGCAAAUACAGUCAUGGAAAAAAUGAUGAGAGCACCCUUGUUUCUUCAGUUUAUUGAUCCAUUGUAAUGCCUGGUACAACUAAAGGUACAUGUUUGGACAAAUAUACUGAUGAUAACAAAUACAGCUCAUAAGAGUUUCCAUGCUUUUCUUGAUCACUCACUGUACCCUCAGCAUUGCAUUGUACCGGAGAAAGUCAGUUGGUGCUACAAAAAUGGCAAGAAAAAAGGGAAUUAACAAUGGACCAUCUUAACACUGACAAAUGUAGCUUUUUCCUCCAGAGAAAUUGGACCGGUAGUGUAUAUAUUUUGAUAUAGAAAGAAACAAAAGUGCGACUUCCAUCCAUCCAUCCAUUUUCUAUGUCGCUUAUCCUAACUAGGGUCGCGGCAAAAGUGCAACUUGUUGUCCAGAAUAUAUGGUGAUUUGUCAAGCAAAGAAAAGUUGUCCAGUUCAUAAAAUAAACUAAAUAAUAAUCCCCAAACAGGAACAUUUGUAUAAUGAAAUGAAUGAAUGAAAUGCAGCAGGGAAAAUUAAAUGUAUAUGAAGACCUCUGAAGACUCCCUCGUGUAUAGAUUUAAAAAAACAAUAAAAACCAAACUCAAAUUGGUUACUUUGGGUCGUAACAAUAUAUAACUUGUAAAAUCAGUUACAAUUCAUAUUAUGUUGCUGAUCCAUUUGUAAUUGUAUUUUCUGGAUUCACUGAUAUGUUUUUUCCUAUUUAUUAUUAUUAUUUUUGGUUGUCCAACACGAGCAUUAAUGAAUAUUUUUAAUUGUAGUGUGUUUGACUUCUGUUCUGGAGGCUAACAUUGACCUGACUGGGUGUGGGGGCGGGUGGAGAAGGACAAAAAAAAAAUCUUGUGAGGAGGAAAAUGCUUUCAAUCAUUAAAUACGUCACAUGACUCUUCUGGCUCUUUUUCUUUGACACAAUGGAACCUCUGACGUUGAACGCAUUCAAAACAAUGCACUCCCAUUCAGAAAUGAUCUCUUCCAGGUUCAAACU